AUGAACUCUCUCAAGACCGUGCCUGUGACGUUGGAGGACCGCACGGGGGCGAUUACCAACACGGAUUUCGACGACAUGUACGACCGCGUUUUCUUACACGUAGCGCGGGUCCCUGGGCACAGCACCACCAAAAUCUUCGAAAUGCAAGUACGGGCUUCUCGACACCGUAAUGCGCAGGCAGUACAACGUGCCACGCCGACUGUGUCCCUCGAUUUCAUGCCCGACGAGUCCCUGGGCACAAUCACCUUUUCAAAAUACCGCAUGUCAGUGCCUAUGUCGCAGUACCUCCGGAAACUGUCUUUCUUUGGACCAUCACUGUGCCGCAAGUUUGUUGCCUCGGACGGGAGGGAGUAUAAAUGGAGCUAUAGAGCUUUGGAUGACCAUGAAUGGACUUGCUCUACUGCUGACUCGAGCAAUUACCUUGUUGCGCAUUAUGACUUGAGGGCACCCAAUACGCCUAUCUACGAUACAUCGGGCAACAAGUUGAUUAUUUAUCCGCACUUUGCGCACUUGACUUCCGAGCUUGUCGCUAGUCUGCUUAUCAUGCGACAUAUUGCGCAGUUCAAUCUCUAA